AUGCCCCAAGACGACAACAGGACAACCAGAACAACAGAAUCAUCCUCAGCCGACUCCUGGUCGACAUGGCUAUCCAUCCAACCACCAGCGACCGAACCCACUCCCCAUUAUCUCACCCAGCUCGGUGCCUGGGCCUACUCCUGGCUACCUGCACAGCCACAGCUCGGAACCGUCGAGCGAACGGCGAUCAUCCCCCAGAACCCGAUCAGCGACUCGAUCCCAGCCAACAGCAAGGGCUGGACGGCCUACUUCUCCUCGCGCAGAGCACUGCCCAUCCACAAGCUAAAAGAACACCCCCCGAGCAUCGAAGCCAUGAAAACCAGCCUCAAAAACAAGGGCCAGCACAAGCUCCCCAACCUCCAGACCUUCGAGCUCGUACAAGCGCUCAUCUUCUCCGCCCCGCCCGAGUUCCCCCAGACGGUCGCCACCGAUGCGCUCCCGAGCCGCCGCGAGAGCUCGCGCCAGCGCCGCCAGGCCGCCGACAUCCUCCACCACAACCAGCACAUCAGCACCCGGCUGCCCAAGGCCCUCGACCUGCUCGGCGUCGACCGCCCCGCCAGGAUCCGCAAGCUCAACCGCCUCGCCGUCAUCGCCAUCCACGGCUGGUUCCCCGGGCCCUGGCUCGAGUCCGUCCUCGGCAAGCCCACCGGCACCUCCGCCAAGUUCGCCUCCAUGAUGGACCACGCCCUGCGCAUCUACCUCCGCCAGCAGACCGGCGAGGGCAAAGUAGACGACCGCGUCCGGCUCCUCUUCAACCAGCUCAUCUCCCGCCAACACUGGCUCGAGGCCGUCCAGAACGCCGACGCCAUCUUCGUCGACCCGCACGUCUUCGAGCUCGCCGUGCGCUACUUCUUCGAGAGCUCGUCGCCACUCGACCCGCCGACGAACGUCCCCGCCCAGCCAGGAGGAAAGACACGCCGGACAGGGUCUUCAGCAGAGGAGGAUGGAGGGGGGCGGGACGAGCUACCGGGCGGACUGAUGGUAGUGGACCAGAGCCUGAGCCCGAAAGACAAGCCCAAUCCGUUCCUGCUCACCUGGAGCCUGCGCGGGCUCAUCGAGGACCCGCGGAUCCGGCUGAUGUUCGCCGCCGAGCUGCGCUUCCUCAAGGCCUCGUUCCUCCACUGGACCCCCGCCGACUUGAAGGUCAAGCUCGAGCCGUUCAAGGAAGUCCAAUUAGAUUGA